AUGGUGGACGGGCCUGAAGAUGCUGUUACGCUGCGUAGCCUAAUUGAAAACGAGAUUCCGGAUGGCAGAGCGAGUCUGGAAAGCAGUUGUUCAAAUUUGGAACGGGUCGCUGCUUACUGUGAAGCAAAUUAUGCACAGGCACAAGAUAAAAAAGCGGCAUUUGAUGAAACGAGACGAUAUGUAGUGCAAAGUCUUGCUAGUGUAGCAUAUCAAGUAAAUACUUUGGCUUAUGCUCUGCUACAUGCGCUCGAUUUGCAAACUGAUAAAAUCAAUAACAUGGCAUCGCAGGUUCAUAACGUGGGAGAAAUCAUUGCAAUUCAUAAAGAGAAAGUAGCGAGGCGUGAAAUCGGACUAUUAGCAAUAAACAAAUGUAUCCAGAGACAGCACAAAGUUAUUGCAGUUGGAGUCCAGGAACCUCUUCAACGUUACCAACGUACUCCAAUCGAUUAUUCGGUACUGGAUAAUUUGGGACAUGGUGUCAAAACUCCUGAGCUAGUUAAUCGUUCAUUUGCAAUGCGUACAGCCUCGACCAUAUCUCAUGGAAACACUAGUGCACAUUAUCCAGUUUUCCCUAAUUUUGAACAAUUACUGCCAAAAGCAAAUAUCACUGCUACGAACGAUGAGACAGGUUUAGCGUUUGAGCAGUUCAAAUGUUUAGCAAAUAUAUCUUGUGGUUCUUCUGGCAGACACGGUUCUCACCAACGGCACAUCUGGCCAGUCUUUUAUUAUGCAAGUUUGAUAGCUGAUAACAUUAACAUAUUGGGUUACCUGGCACUAUUGAUUUUCCAAAUUAAGCAGUCUUGCUUCAAAUUCAGUAUCAAACUAAUGCUAAUCGGAAGGCUUUCCCGCUCAUCGACAACACGUGGAGAUCAUUAUCGUACGCCGCAAAUAGCUACUACUCCGGUCAUAGAUCCUCAAAGAUUUUCUACUGUUACACAUGGAAGUCAAAAUCAUAAUAGUCCUCCAAAUACAUCAAAUUACGGUACCAUAAAUAGAAAAAGGGAUUCACAACAGUCUAUGCCUCUUCCUCCCCCUCAGUUGGCGCCGGUAGCUCAAUACAGGCUAUCAGCAAAUAGUUUAGAUGGACUUCCACCACCACCCACUUCUGUAAUGAUGGACGAUGAACCAUUACCACCUCCCCCGAUAAAGGCUGCAGUGAUACCGAUUUAUGAGUCAGCAUCAUCAAAAAAUCAUUCCACAUCAUCUGCUAACGGCCGUUCGCCUUUUCUACUAGGAUCUCCGUUUGAUCGUUCGUAUGACUGGAUUCCAAAAGUUUAUAUCGAGAAAGCAGUUGCACUGUACGAUUACGAAGCAGAAAAACCGGAUGAAUUAACUCUUAGAGAAAACUGUAUCGUUUACGUUUUACGGAAGAAUGAAGAUGGUUGGUACGAGGGUGUACUUAAUGGAUGUACUGGAUUGUUUCCGGGAAAUUAUGUUCAAGCAAUUAAUUGA